UCCUGCGUCUCUGCUACGCUCCCCCUCUGCCUUUUGUUUCCGAGGUGGAGCCUGAUACCCCGACUUCUCCCAACUGAACUGCCGGCGAAGCAGACGGACAAGAUAGGACCGGGACCAGCAGUCGGUGGCACAGAUCCGGGACGCAGCAGAUCGGGGAGGGACCAAAAAGGCGGUUGCAAGGAAGAAGAAGGAUUUUGUGGAGGGGUUUCAUACGGUUGAGUUAUCUUACAAACCGGCAGCACGCGGACGAGCUACACGAAAGAUGAAUUCUUUCAUCCUGUUGUCGCUUUUUGCCACGAUUUUCGCCGGAAAGUCACCUCGGCUGAAAUUUGUUGUGCACGAGCCCUCCAGGUUCCACUUCAGCAAACCUGAGAACUACAUCAGCAUGUACCACCAGGAAGGCAGCGACAUGCUGUAUGUGGGCGGCCAGGCGAUGGUCUACGUGUUGACGUUCACUAACAGAGGCGUGCGCGACCUGCAGAUCCCAGCGGCAUCUGACCAGACCGCAAUUGAUACCUGCAAAGCAAAGGCUGCACCACUCGAGCUGGAGUGUGAUAAUUUCAUCACCGUCAUUCAGAAAGUAAACGACACAAUGAUAAUAUGUGGAACAAAUGCCGGGAGCCCCAGGUGCUGGAUGCUGGUGAAUGACACGGUGCUGACUGACGUCCAGGGGAACGGGCAGAUAGCGGCGGCCUCUGACAUCUCCCCUCCGUAUCCUUCCCAGAGAUCCAUCAGCUUGCCUUCAGAUGGGAGUCUGUAUUCUGCCAUGUCGUCGGUGGCGGGUCACGCCGGCUCCAUCCGCCGUACGUUCGGCCCCCAGAAACUCUUGAAGACAGAGAACAUUUGGCUGCUGAAUCCGCAGUUUGCCGGUGCAGCCAUAAUCCCGUCCACGCUGAAGUACAAGGAGGAGAUCUACUUCUUCUUCAGCGAGAUCAACAAGACGGCCAGAGUGGACGAGGAGCCGUACAGGGCUCGCAUCGGCCGAAUCUGCACGGUGGAUGAAGGAGGCAUCAAAGCCCUGCUGGCAGACUCCUGGACCACCUUCAUGAAGGCCCGGAUGAUGUGCGGCGCAGGAAACACCCAGCAGCAGUAUAACAACUUGAAGCAGGCGGUGGUGCUGACAGCGCAGGACAAGAGGGCUGGAGUCCUGUACGGCCUGUUUUCCAACGCAUGGGGCAGAACAGUGAUCUGUGCCUACUCCAUCGAAGAUAUUGACCAGGCUUUCACCACAUCCAAACUGAAGGGGUACAGCAGUCCAUUCAUUGGCAGUCGCCCUGGGAUGUGUGCUCGCAAGAACUUGACAGCAGGAGGUCACAACGACAUCAAAAACCUCGGGGUGAUCAGAUAUCACCCCGAAAUUGAGGAUGUGAUCCGGCCUGUCGGUGUGGCGCCGCUCGACCUGCCCAUAGAUGACCAAAUCACACACACUGUGGCGGACAUUGUCCUGGCGGUCAACGACGAGCACUACAGCGUCCUGUACCUCGGAACAGAACAAGGCAAAGUUCUCAAAGUUCUUCACAGCAGCGAGGGGGUCUUCAUCAUAUCUCAGUACUCUCUGUUUCACAAUGAGGGCCCCAUUCUGAACAUGGCCAUCGACUCCCAAAAGGGACACAUGUAUGUCGGUACAGCGAUGGAGGUCCAGCGACUGCCGCUGGCUGACUGCAACCGCUACGGCGACACAUGCAGGGACUGCAUCCUUUCCCGGGAUCCUUACUGCGGCUGGGACAGGUCCAGAAGGAAGUGCAUCCCCAUCCCUCCUGGAUACAACGUCACCACUGGGACACUAAUUCAGAAUCUGGACCAUUCAAACUCUUCGGUUUGUGGGGAAGCUGCUGCUCUGAAGCAGCGUCGCACUUCUCCCAGAGAAGUGAUGGUGCAGUCCAACACCUCCGUCUUUCUCCCUUGCCCUGUGCGCUCCUUCCACGCCACCUACCGCUGGGAGAAAGACAACUGUGUCAAGAACUAUCCCUGCCUCUUCUCCGGGGAUUUCUGCAUCCUGGGCCCGGCCGUAGACACGCCCCUGAGGGACGGCGUCUUCCGCUGCAUGGCCACCGAGGACGGAUUCAAGGUGGAGGUUAUCUCCUUCAGGCUGGUGAACAACGGCAGGCACCUGGCCGCCUCCCUGGCCUCCACCCUGGGGCCGUCGCUCCUGCUCGCCAUGGCAGCCCUGUGGCUCCAUUAACUGCAGCUACCACUAAUGCUAACCCCUCAUCCUUACUUGCUCCCAAUGACAAGAAAGACAAGGAGCCUCUGUUAGGAGUUUAGGUUCGCAGAGCAUUGAAGUACAUGGUUGGGAUGGAUGGUGAAAAUUUCACCUUUUUCCAUAUCGAUUUAUAGAGAAAGAGUCCACAAAAUGUGAAUGGGAGAUGCAAUUCUGUAUUUUUUGCAUAAAGCAACAUAUCAACAGCUGUUUUAAUAAGAUUAGAACUGGGAAAUACAUUCAUUGACAUGCUAAAGGAGUAACUUGCGAGUUUGAUCAACCUUAUUUAAGUGCUUUGCGAACCUUUCCUCUCUGACUCAGAACAUAUCGUAUGAGUUGGGCAAAAAAAAAACACCAAUACCAGGCCAAUUGUUUUUACCAUUUCUCUAAUUAUUUUCAAAUCGACUUGACUGUGCUUAUUUGUGAAUAUAUAAACCUUUAAUACCGCUCUUACAUCUCUUCAUCGUGUUAACCUCCAUUGGUGUAGCUCAUUAGUACAAAAUGUCUGGUAUUGAGAUUUAAAAAGCCUUAACACUUCUGGGACUUAAACUCCUAAGCACAAUUUUGCAGUCGAGGCAGAAUACUGCAGCCUCGGUCGGACUUGGCGCUAUAAUUAGUGCAGCUGAGUCGAACAACAUCGCUGGGAGGAAGUGUCAGCUUUGUGACAGGAAGUAGGCGGAUGGGCAAGAGCUCAUUCUGGAACAUCACUGUGUCUCAGCGCCUCCUCCUCAGACGAGGCAGUUUCUUGCAUCUUUUUAUCAGAUGGUAUCAGACGUCGUUAUUGCGCCUUGUUCACAGCUUUGUCCGUUGCUUUUCUUUGUACAUGCCAUCGUCUUGCCUCAGCAGCAGGUGAUAAAGACAACGUGGCCUACAGCUCCUUCAGAAACAAGUGAUUUAAUGUUAGCACUAAGGAGCAAACUAUUUACUAAACACAUUCAUAUCGAUCAAUCAAAGUGAAAGUUUAAAGGUCGGAUGCUUUCUGGUUAUUUAUUGUGCACAGACUGCAGCUGCAAGUUCACUGAAAUAUUUCCCUAAUUCAGUUUUUAGGAAACAGAGCGACAAAGAGCUAAUCUGCAAAUGACAUCCAAUGUCUGUCAACCCGACAAUGCGUAAAGAUGUGAACAAGGUGUUGCGCUAUAGCAAUUUCAAUAAACACACAUUUACAUCAUCAUAAGGGCAGAUGAAGCUAAAUGGAACUGCAUAUUAAGCUUGCAUUUUAUAGUUUGCUUGGAGACAAAAGGCUUGUACGUAGAUACGUGAAGUGUGUUCUGUAUUUUAUUGCUCCGCAGACGCUGAUUUCUACCAUUGCUGCCUACGUAAGUGACACUUUGUCUUGCUUGUUUGGGUUUGUAUGCCAUAGUUAGAACUUGAUAUGUAACCGUUGCCUCCUUCCCCAGGGACAUCCGUGCAAGUAGACAAGAAAAUGGUUAUUUUUGUCAUACUUGUAUCUCUACGCUGUGAAACGAAAGGCUUGACAGAUUCAACAAGAUGCUUCACUGACAGCAGCAAACACAACCAGCAGCGAGAACUGUGUCCAUGACAUCACAUCCUCCUUUAACCUCCGGGCUAAUAACAAACUUUAUUAAGACCGAGAAGUCAGCUUCAAGCUGAAUGUGAGAAGAAAUAAAAGAGUUGUAAAUGUAGAGGCAGUUCAACAGCACUGAAAUGCCAAAAAGUAAAGCAAACCUUAUGAAUACUGAUCAGCUGACUGAAUGAAUUAUGCAGCGGAUUAGCAUGUUCUCCAGAGCUUUGAGAAUUAUUAUUCAGUAGUGUUACAUAAAUCUGGCCGUGCCGAGCCUUCCACAGAAGCAGAGAUGUCAUUAAUAGCUAAUUAGACAAUGGAGCCGGCUCACCAUGCACCGUAUUAAAGAAUUUAUUUUACACCGUCAGGGAUACGAGCAGCGAGCGUGUUCUCAGCUGUGAACACCUCCAGGCGGUGUCGUGAGUCUCGCUCGGCUCGGUUGUGUGUUGCUGCUCGGGGAUCUGCAUGCUUUGUGCAUUGCACUGACUCUGCUACUCACUGUGCCAAGAGUACAUGAUACAAUACCUGAGCUACGUUACGCCACCUCAUUCUCCCGACGCAAAAUACCUCGCUCCUUACCUGACGUGAUAUUUUGCGUGUGCACAACAUCGGUCAAACACACAAACAUAUUAAUCGUCUUAAUCGUUUGGUGUCACCACCAGGGAGGGGAAGUAGCACCAGCUAUCGACCAAGUGCUGGGGAACAUUUAGUAGAGGCUGUUAAUGAUGCUGUUAGGAACCUUUGGCAGGAAAGUAACUCAACAUACAUCGACAUGCUCAAGGCAUUCUCCUGUAUAACCUCCUUUUAUACUGUUACUAUAGCUGCUGUGUAUGUGUUGUGAUUUGAUUCAGAAAGCCAGAGGAGAGACAUGGUAUCCAAUGCUAAUUAGGCACAGGUGGAACUGGCAAGACAAUGGUACCGCUGCAAAAUCUAUAAGUUACCAGGUCGCAGUGGGUGGCUGGUGGAAUGGCGUGCAAAGCAUGUGACUUUGAGACCUGAGACCAUGGUUCAUCCCCUACCAUCACACCAUGACUGCGAUCUUUUAUUAAGCUUAACCAAGUACUUUCAGUACCAGCUCUCUUUUUUCAAAUACAUUCACGUGUGUGUGUGUGUGUGUGUGUGUGUGUGUGUGUGUGUGUGUGUUCAUUUGGCGGAUGCAUAGUGUACAAACGAGCAUGUCUAUGUUAUCGUGUGGAUUUGUGAGCGAGGGUUUGUUUUGCCCUCAGGAGCGUUACACGUGGUCAGAUAGUCGCCGCUGUGCACAGCUGAUUGUAUUUCCCAGCGAUGCUCCUCAGGCAGGUGGAGUCAGGCUUUCAUCAUUCAGCACUACGCCGUCAUCAUCCUCAACUCCACAAGGCUUUGCUUCAAUAUCAACACUUUCCAGCUAAUGCGUGGAAUUAAGAUUUAUAGCAUUUAGCAACAGUUGUCAUCUUCGAAUCUCCUGCUCGAGUCCUUGCUUUGGUGUGGAUAUUCACACGGCCCCUUUAUCCAAAUCCAGUUAUCGCUCCCUCGCAUCCGUCAUCGUCAGCCAGUCCGAUAAAAGCUAAUCUCCUUCAAAGCAAACUCUUGAUUUUGCCUUCAGGAAACCAAUUUAAUGGAUCACGCUAUCUGCUGUAAACGAAUGAACGUGGAGGGAAGCGGCUCGCUGUUUUGUUUGCUCUGAGGUUUUUGAGUGUCAAGUACUGUACAUGAUGUGCGCCCACGAUUCUGUGUCUCGAUAUAUCUCAUUUUAAAAGUAACAUGCCAAACUCUGUUUUAAAAAAGAAGAAGUUUAUAUUGGUGCCAUGCCAGUCUAAUGCCAUCUCACCACAUGUUUGUUUUUUAAACAGAUAUCUACAGUGCAAUAGGUAUUCAUGUAACAAAUCCAUAUUGACAUGUGUUUCCCUGAACAUGUGCGGUGAAAAUUAAUAAAAUAUAACUAUAAAGAAAC